GAACGGUGUGCUAUUUAAGAUAUUUCUCUAUCAAAAAUGUUGACAGAUUUUUAGUUGAAAGUAGCCCUCGAGUUCAUACGCACGUGUACACUCCGUGGCAAAUACGCUGUGUGCGUGGACUGGCGUGGACUAUUUUCGUUUAGUUUCGUGGUGUGUCAAACAUGACGAUCUCAAAUGAAUUUGUAUCAAAUGCGGAAGACGUAGCCGACCAAGUGAUUAGAAAAGGCAAAUUUUUUUUGCCAACAGUCGCUAGAUUAUGUUUAAUAUCAACAUUUCUUGAAGAUGGAUUACGCAUGUGGUUUCAAUGGCACGAACAGAAAGAGUACAUGAAUUUAUCGUGGGGUUGCGGAACUUUUUUAGCAACCUUAUUCGUUUUAGUUAACUUAAUUGGACAAUUGGGGGGUUGUGUUAUGGUUAUUAUUAGGUACAGAGUUUCUAUUGCUUGUGGAGUUUUAUUUUUCAUCGUUGUUCUUCAAACAUUUGCUUAUAGUAUCUUGUGGGACUUACAGUUUUUAUUCAGAAACUUAGCAUUAAUCGGCGCUUUGUUAUUGGUAUUGGCGGAAGGUCGAGGUGAAGCGAAAAGUUUAUUUGCUGGAGUUCCUUCACUUGGAGACAAUAAACCCAAAAAUUAUUUACAAUUAACCGGACGUAUUUUAAUAGCUUUCAUGUUUAUCACCUUGAUUAGGUUCGAGUUCACAUUCUUACAGAUUUUAUUGGACCUUUUAGGAUCAGCUUUGAUGGUUCUAGUCACUAUAGGUUAUAAAACGAAACUUUCAGCACUUAUUUUGGUGAUUCUAUUGACAACAUUAAACUUUUAUCAUAAUGCAUGGUGGUAUAUUCCGGAAUAUAAACCGUUGAGAGACUUUUUAAAAUACGAUUUCUUCCAGACUCUUUCUGUUGUUGGUGGUCUCUUAAUGAUAGUAUAUUUGGGUCCUGGCGGUGUUUCUAUGGACGAACAUAAAAAGCGGUGGUAAGACUUCAUUCCGAUAUGGAUGUGUAAGAAGUGGUGCAGUGUUUUUACUACAAUUAUUUCAUGUUUUUUUAAUCAACUCAAAACCGCCUUAUUUUUCUUGUUCUUUGAUUUUUUUGUGUGGACGAUUUUUUUAAAGAAGUUUUCUUGGACUGCUCCUUCUCUCUUUAUAUAAAAAAAAGGCCUGGGCUCGCAUCUACGCACAACUCUCGCCAGUAUUACCAACUGAACAGCCCUUUAUGACGGAGUUUUAGAAUAUUAAGAUUAAAGGUUUAAUAUAUAAAUAUAUUUUAUAAGAAACUUCAGAAGUUAAAAAAAAAAGAUGAAAAGAACGAAUUAUAGUCAUCCUCCCCAUUUUUUUUGUUAUUAAAUAUAUAUUAUUUUUACACCUA